UUUGGGCAGCUUAAUAGUACUCUGGAGCCUUGUGUCUUAAUUAAAUUUAGAAAACAGAAUGGAUUCUGCUGAUGCAGAUUCACACUUAUUAGCUCUAAAGGUAAUGCGUCUUACACGACCAACUUUAGUGGGUGCGUGGCCAGCAACUACGUGUGAGCCAAAAGAUUUACCACAACAGUGCUUGACAUCUGAAGGAGCAGAAUUUGUGGCCGCGGGUCAAACUAUGCUGCUCCCCCAAUCCUUUGGAAAUAUAUAUCUAGGAGAGACUUUCUCGAGUUACAUAUGUGUGCACAACUGUACAACGCACACUGUAGAAGGAGUUACGGUCAAAGCAGAUUUGCAAUCUAAUACCACUAGAAUUAGUCUGCCCACACAUGAAAACAAAACUCAAUCCACCCUAGCACCAGAAGAGACGCUGGAUGACGUAAUUUCCUAUGAAGUUAAAGAAAUUGGCACACAUAUCUUGAUUUGCGAAGUACAUUAUACGACCCCAGCGGGAUUUUCGCAAUCUCUUAGAAAAUUCUUUAAGUUUCAAGUUUUGAAGCCCCUAGACGUAAAGACGAAGUUUUAUAACGCUGAAGAAAUGGAUGAAAUAUAUUUGGAAGCACAAAUACAAAAUGUAACCAGCAGUCCAUUUUGCCUUGAGAAAGUAGAACUUGAUGGUUCUGAUAAGUACACAAUCACAUCUUUAAAUACGUUACCAAAUGGAGAGUCUGUUUUUACAUCUAAAAACAUGUUGCAACCAAAUAACAGCUGCCAAUUUCUUUACUGUAUAAAGCCUAAAUGCGAAAUAGCGAAAGACAUAAAAACCCUUCGUCUAGCGAAUAAUGUUGGAAAGUUAGACAUUGUGUGGCGGUCCAAGCUGGGGGAAAAAGGAAGAUUACAGACAAGCCAACUGCAGCGUUUGCCCUUUGAACAUAAAGAUGUUCGUUUAGAAAUAGUUGACGCCAAAAACAUUGUUAAAAUUGGUGAACCAUUCACAUUCCAAUGCAAAAUAACAAACACAUCCGAUCACGCAAUGAAGUUACAUGGCAGUCUAUACACAAAUUUUUUACCAGAGAGUGACUAUACUGGCUCAGCAGAAUUUGUAUUAGAUGUUCUACAACCGGGAGAAUCGUCUUCGUGUUUCCCCCUCACGGUGUGCCCAGCGAAAUUGGGUCUUGUGAAAAUUACACCUUUAAUAUUGCUGAAUACUUUAAACAAGGACCAAUAUGUUAUUGAAAAAGUCGUCGAUGUAUUUGUUGUGGACUCGGACUAUCAUCAAAGUGAUUGUUUUUUCCUAGAAAAGUUAGUACGUUAUGAUAGUAGCAUAGACCAGUCACUUCAAGGUCAAAAACUACAACCGCAAGUAGUGUAAUUUUAAAAUCUGUUCUUUAGUUAAAUUCUUUAUGUAUAUGCUUAUAUUUUCAGAUGUACAUACAUAUGAAAUUACCAUAACCUUAAUAUUUACAUUUUCCAUAGUAAGAUAUAUAUUAAAUCUAUAUUGUUACAAAGCCUUUUAAUAAAUAUUCAU